ACAGUCAGAUUUCAGAGCUUCUGUUCUAUAUCUAUUCAUUCGUUUUCUUUUCCCUCCUACUCGUUAGCAGUUUUCGUUUCCCAAACACGUUCCUUCGCCAUGUCCGAUCUUGGCUCCGAUCUUCCCGCUGCCGCCGCCGCUCUCAGUGCUGAGGAUCGUGCUGGUCUCGUGAAUGCACUCAAGGACAAGCUCCAGCUCUUGGCUGGGCAACAUGUGGACAUCCUGGAGACACUGCCACCCAAAGUCAGGCAACGCGUGGAAAUUCUCAGAGAUCUGCAGAGUCAACAUGAUGAGGUGGAGGCUAAAUUUUUAGAGGAGCGAUCACAGUUGGAAGCUAAAUACCAGAAGCUCUAUGAACCGCUUUACUCAAAAAGAUAUGAGAUUGUCAAUGGUGUGGUAGAGGUUGAAGGAGUUACAAAUGAAGCAGUACCAGAAGAAGGCAACAAACCUGCAGAAGAGAAAGGAGUACCUGACUUCUGGCUAACUGCAAUGAAGACUAAUGAAACACUGGCGGAAGAGAUUACUGAACGCGAUGAAGGGGCCCUCAAAUAUCUUAAAGAUAUCAAGUGGUGUAGAAUUGACGAUCCUAAGGGCUUCAAGCUGGAUUUUUAUUUUGAUUCUAAUCCUUAUUUCAAGAAUUCCGUGCUGACAAAAACAUAUCACAUGAUUGACGAUGAUGACCCUAUAUUAGAGAAAGCAAUAGGGACGGAGAUUGAGUGGCAUCCAGGAAAGUGCUUGACACAAAAGGUUCUUAAGAAAAAGCCAAGGAAAGGAUCAAAAAAUGCUAAACCCAUCACAAAAACAGAAAAAUGUGAAAGUUUCUUCAACUUUUUCAAUCCUCCCGAGGUCCCUGAGGAUGAUGAUGAUAUUGAUGAGGAUGCUGUUGAAGAACUCCAGAAUUUGAUGGAACGUGAUUAUGACAUUGGUUCUACAAUCCGGGACAAAAUUAUUCCUCAUGCUGUGUCAUGGUUCACGGGGGAGGCUGCACAGAGUGAUUUUGAGGAUAUAGAUGAAGUUGAUUAUGAUGAUGAAGAAGGUGAUGGGGAUGAGGAUGAGGAUGAGGAUGAGGAGGAGGAGGAGGAGGAGGAGGAAGAGGAGGAAAAGAAAGGGAAGAGCAGGAGUAAGAGUGGUGGCAGGGUCAAACCUGGUAAGGAUCAGCCGACAGAGCGCCCUCCUGAAUGCAAGCAGCAGUAGUGUUUGGCUGUGUACAAACAGACCUGGAUAUGUUUAGUUUCAGAGAAGUAAUUACUGUAGAGCCUGGGUUAUUUCAGUCAUAAUUUGCAAUUUAAUGAUUAUCAUCAUUAUUAUUAUUUUCUGCUCUUUUUUAUUGGGCUGGGGGUUGGCGGUGGUAUUUUUUUAAGUCUCUGCUUGGGUUUCUUUGAGUUGCCCUGUUAUUUGGAUUUUAUUUCUCUCUGGUUUUAGUGUUUUCUGAAAAAAGAAAAAGUAAAGUGCUAAGUAUAUUUGUGUCGUUGUUCAUAUUUAUAGUGGAUUAUAAUAUGAAACUGUACAGAUCUGCUUACAUUUUUCUGCUUCUGCUUGGGUUUCCUGGGUUGGUUGAUCUGUGUCCUGUGUGAUGGAUUUUAUUUCUCUCUCGUUUUAUUCAUUUUGUAUUAGCAUUUGAAACUGUACAGAUCUGCGUAUAAUUUCUGAAAGAAAGAAAAGUGAUAAGUA